AUGAAAUCAUUCGUUGCUAUUGCUUUGCUUUUGUGCGUCUUGGCUGUCACUGUAUCAGCUCAAAUUCACGAGUUGAAGAACGGUGUCAUGGUUCCUGUUCAUGUUAUUGCCAACUCCAAUGAGCAAUAUUUAAUCAAUUUGAGAAAUAAUCAUCGUGGUGCUGUAGCCUAUGCCAGCUCUUAUGGUUGUGAUGCUCCAGUUUCUCUCUUCGCAAGUACCAAACAAGUACCAACUCCAACCAAUUAUCAAUGGACCACCACUGUUAAUGUUUCUACUUCAACCUUGUUGGAUAUUGAUCAAAGACAAUUGGCCGAUGCUGAUCAAGUUUACUACACUUUUACCACUUCUGUUACAAGCCCAUGCUCAGUUUUCUUUGUUGUUCAUGUUAGACACUCUUUGAACUUGAUUCAAUUGGAGGAUUCCGUCCCACAAAUGGGUGCUUUCCAACCAAACAGCCAAACUCCUAACUUAUAUCAUUUCUUGGAAUAUGAUUUGGGCGGUAAUGACACUCGUUUGGAAUCAGUCAUGAUUGCUGUUACUAAUUUGCACAUUAGAAAUACUGGAGAUAAGUCCACAUACAAUUUGUUUGUCUCCAACACCAACUCGAGACCAAUUGAAGGAAAGAGUCAAUGGCAAGGUAUUAGUACUACCAAUGGUGAUUCUGCUGUUGUGAUCAACAGAUGGGAUCCAAAGUUUGUCAAUGGAGGUAAAUACUGGAUCGGUGUCGAAUUCAAGCCUGAUGGUCCAUUCCAAAAGAAGGAUGAUGCUCACUACUCUGUUGUUGUUCAUCCAAACUUUGGCGCUAGAAGAUCUUCAUUCGACAAGCCAGUCAUUUUGUUCGAAAAGACUCCACAAUUCACAUUCGUCCCACAAGGAUCUAUUUCUUAUUUCAGUGUUUAUGUCGAUAAGAGUGUUGCUGGUAAGAUUUUGAGCCUUGAUGCCAAGAUGGAAUAUGGUGACGUUUUGAUGUACGUCUCCUCCAAGACUACCAGACCAGACAGAAAUACCUUUGAUUUCAGAGGUGGAAGAAGAGUCGAAUUUAGAUAUGACCAACCAACAUUCAUUUAUAUUGGUGUUGAGGCUUUACCACAUGCAUCAGGUUUUGCUGCUGCUGAAAUUACUUUCAAUCGCCUUUAA